AUGUCUGACAGCACGCACAUCGCGGUUCCUACGCACCCUAUCGCGCCCCGUCUCAAGAACGGGCCCAAGAUCCCGCACAUUGGACCACACUUUGACGCAUACCAUAGCGCGCACAAGGAGACUGUCGGGCAUGAGUCGGACAAAUGGUGGGCGAAGAAAGCACGCGAGGUUUUGGUUUGGGAUCGCCCUUUCCACACCGUACGCUCUGGCUCGUUCAUAAACGGCGACAUCAAGUGGUUCCCUGAGGGCGGGCUCAACGCAUCGUACAAUUGCGUCGAUCGCUGGGCAUUCAAGGACCCCGAGAAGACCGCUAUCAUCUAUGAGGCAGAUGAGCCGAACGAAGGCCGCGAGAUCAGCUAUGGCGAAUUACUUCGUGAAGUCUGCAGCGUUGCGAAUGUGCUCAAGGGUCUCGGCGUCAAGAAGGGCGACACCGUGUCCAUCUACCUUCCGAUGACUUGGCAAGCCGUGGCGGCCUUCCUGGCUUGCGCCCGCAUCGGUGCUAUUCACAGCGUUAUCUUCGCUGGCUUCUCUGCGGAAUCGCUUCGGGAUCGUGUCAUCGACUGCAAGUCCCGCGUUCUGCUCACCUCGGACGAAGGUCGCCGCGGGGGCAAGACGAUUGCGACCAAAGCCAUCGUCGACGCCGCACUCAAACAGUGCCCUGACGUCGAGCAUGUUCUUGUCCUGAAACGUACUGGAAACGAAGUCCCGUGGACAACCGGGCGCGACUUAUGGUGGCAUGAGGAGAUCGCAAAGGUUCCGAACUACUGCCCUCCGGAGAUCAUGUCGAGCGAAGACCCGCUCUUCAUCCUCUAUACAUCUGGGUCAACUGGAAAGCCAAAGGGAGUCGUACACACCACCGGUGGUUACCUCCUGGGCGCUGCCUUGACUGUCAAGUACGUCUUUGACGUGCACCCCGACGACAAGUUCGCGUGCAUGGCUGAUGUAGGCUGGAUCACUGGUCACACUUACAUCGUCUACGGCCCGUUGCUAAACGGCGUCAGCACUGUAGUCUUUGAAUCGACACCCGUAUACCCCAGCCCGUCUCGUUACUGGCAAGUCGUCGAGAAGCACAAGCUCACGCAGUUCUACACCGCGCCCACCGCUAUCCGCCUCCUUCGCCGCCUUGGUUCGCAUCAUACUGAGCCACACGACCUUUCCUCUCUUCGCGUUCUCGGCUCCGUAGGAGAACCCAUCAACCCCGAGGCGUGGAACUGGUUCAACGAGCACGUUGGCAAGUUCCAGGCAGCCAUCGUUGACACGUUCUGGCAAACCGAGACGGGCAGUAUCGUCGUUACGCCAUUCCCGGGCGCCAUCGAGACGAAGCCCGGCUCCGCAACCGUACCCUUCUUCGGCAUCGAGCCCGCCAUUCUUGACCCGCAGACUGGGGAGGAGCUCGUCGGCAAUAACGUGGAGGGUGUGCUCGUCCUCAAGAACCCGUGGCCAUCCAUUGCGCGCACGGUCUACCAGGAUCACCAGCGCUACCUCGACACGUACAUGAAGCCCUACCCCGGAGUGUUCUACACCGGCGAUGGCGCUGCUCGCGAUGAGCAUGGGUACAUCUGGAUCAAGGGUCGUGUUGAUGAUGUCAUCAAUGUCUCCGGACAUCGUCUCUCGACUGCCGAAAUUGAGUCGGCGCUUAUCAUGCACCCUGGCGUCGCGGAAACGGCUGUCAUCGGUUCCGCCGACGAGCUUACGGGUCAAGCUGUCUACGCUUUCGUUACGCUCAAGCCCGAGUUCAAGUUCGACGCAGCCGACGAGGCCGGUCUUGAUAAGGAGCUUACGCUCCAGGUGCGCAAGGUCAUCGGGCCCUUCGCCGCGCCCAAGAAGAUCUACCUUGUCUCCGAUCUGCCCAAGACGCGUUCCGGCAAGAUCAUGCGCCGUAUCAUGCGUAAGAUUGUCGCAGGCGAGGGCGACCAACUCGGCGACCUCUCGACGCUUGCGGAUCCCAGUGUCGUCGAACAGCUCAAGGAGAAGGUUGCGGCAGCAUAG